UUCAAGUAAAGUAUGUAUGUAUGUACAUACAUAUGUACAUACUGAUAUUGUGCCCAACACACUUGUUACAGUAGAAUUUAAGAUGGCAUGUCUUGACCUCCACACUGCUCGGCAGGGUGAAAAGGUGUUACUCAUUUGCAAAAAUUAUUUAAUGAAUUUGCUGUAUUAUGUAUGUAUACAUACUCUAAGAAAUGUGGUUAUAAAUCUUAAAGGAUUAUUACCGAAUGUAGAAUAUAUGUAUGUAUGUAUGUGACUCUACCGGUGCAGUAAUAAUGCGCAUUACUGCUUAGUUACAUAUAUGACGGUAAUGAAAACGUUACCAGUUUGCAAGGUAUCAUUACGAACUGGGUCCGGUAGAGAGUCAUCACCAAACCAUUACUAUGACGGGGUAACUAUGUGACUCUACCAGAUUUUUUAUAGGGUAUUUAUGUAUACAUACAUCCACGAACUUCAAUUCGUACCUUAAAAUUUCGUACAAAUUUUACCUUAGUUUCACGCUCGUCGGGAAACCGUAACUCAAAAUGUAUUUAUCUACAUAUUAUUUUUUGGUUAAGAAGUUUGUGGGUAAAAUUUAAUCAAUAAAUUGAGCCCCACCCUUACACAUACAUACCUUCUUUCACAGUUAAAGUAUCAUUAUGAUUAUCUUUUGAAGGAGCUUCUUUAACCGAACCGGGUAACGUGGGACUAGAGUAAAACAAGGUACUUAAUUCUGUCUUUGUACUACAUAAAUAGUCCUCCACUUAGGUUAGCCUUUUCACAAACUUAACAAAGUCAACCUCAGCUUUAACAAAACGUUGCUUAAAUAGAAACAUACGUAGUUCCCAUGCGGGGUAAUGAUUGCAUCAAAAUUAAAUAACACUUUUCUUAGAGUGUACAAAGCUAUGCGAUGUGUAUAUAUCAGGACAUACAUAUGUACGUACGAAAUACAUAAUUUUGUUAGUUAUGAAUAUCUUAGUGUUUCAUCCAGGGUACAUAUUUACCACACAUUCUGCGUCACUUUUGUGUAGUUCAAUGUCAAAAUAUUAUACCCUCAGUAGUACAUAGACAUGUUUAUGUAUCUAUGUAUGUGCCCAUGUACCCAUACAUGUAUUUGUACAGAUAUGUAUGCACCAUACCUUUGUGUCCGCAGCGUCGUCGUUCGAUGCGAUCCAAAGUUCGUCUCAAAGGAGAACCUUAUCUCAAAUCUGGCCUGAUCGGAGGACAAAGUACGGCAACAUUUGCGUCGCAUUAGCAAAUAAAAGCCAUAUGGUUUUAUAAAUAAUUUGGAUUAUCCAUGUCUAAAUAAAUACGUUUUUAUUUGGGCGGAGUUCUACUUGGUCUGCUAGUAUUUUUCCUUAAACGUGCAUACGUGUGUAGAAUGUUGUAUGUACAUAUGUACAUAUUUACCUACAUACAUAAUAUAUACAUAAAUACAUAUCGUCGUUGAGCCUCCAUUAUGUACCAAUUAGAAAAGCUGCGAGAACCAUUAUGUAUUUACCACGACUGUUUUGGGGUGCACCGAGAUUUUAAUUUAGAAAAAUUGGCCAUUUAAUUAUCCACAAAUAUUUAGAUUGGUCAAAACUAAAAUUGGAUGGUUUUGCAUGUUUAAAUUCAAAGAGGAAAUUUUAUAUUUAUCAGAUGGGUACAACAUUGACGAGCAAAUAACUUCCAGACACCGAUGAGCAUGUAAAGUGUCAUCAUCGGCUGAUGAUUAGAUUUUCCUUUGGAGAAUUUUGCAUCAUAUUUUUAUCUGACUUUUUUCCAUACGUCCAGACUGACUUCCUGUAAUCCUUUGAAUUUCCGAAACGUGUUUGGCUUGUCUUGAGGCUUUAAAAAUUUCUUUCCUACUUAGGUUUUUGUUUCCAGGAAACUUGGGCUUUUUCCCUUCCGUGAUUCCCAACUUUGGCCCAAGUACCAUCGUCUUUAUUUACAUCAAUGCAAUUUUACUAUAUCUUUACAAAUAGAAGUUCCAGUAUUUUUAUUUACGUGGAAAUGUAUAAAAAUUUUUGUUGCAAAACAAAAACUCCCCUGAAUCAGUUCAGAUUGCUGAUUAUACUUUACAAUAAAACAAAUAUUAUUUGAAGUUGUGAUGUUUGGAAAAGGGUGACACUUAACAAAAGGGUGACAGGAAUUUGUAUUUCAGGAAUAUUUCAGCUGGAAGAAGCCAAUCGGGUAACCCACACAACUUUUUCCAAAUUAGUUUGGAUGGGACAUGCGUCAUUAUAUUUUGCAUGUAACCAUCGCAUUGUUAUAUGUAGUUACCAUGCUCAGUAGUUACCAUGGCUACCAUGGUAACUACUGGGCCCUGGCCAAUUGACCAAAAUUCGAAAGAGGGGACUCUGGGUCUGGGUCUCCGACCCUGACUCGGGCUAAACGAUACAACACACUAGAGGAAGUCCAGGCCAAGUGUACUACAAUACGAGUUUCCAUACUUAGCGAGCGAGAGAGAGAGCAACUGAUUUUUUGAGUAUCCACCACCGCCGCAACCAGUUGUUACGAUAGUGCCGUAUGAGAUUUACCUCAUACGGUACGGAAAUUUUAGAGUGGAUAUCAUCAUCAUAAAUUCUGAUAAGCUAAAUUUUUGAAUUUGGAGCGAAAUUGUAAUUAAAUUUCUGCAUCCCAUUAGUGACUGUCUGUUACGGCCCUUGCCCAAAUAAGUCACUGCUUCAGAAACUUUGACCUCAAAAAAGUCGGUGUUACGGAACUUUUCCUUCGGACAACAAAAACUGAAAACGUAGCUCUUUCCAUGUAGAAAAAUCUGGCAUUAGGUUGUCAGAAGUAAAAGUUCUGUAACAACGAGUUUUUUUGCGAUUUGUGUAUAGGCUAGAAACCCGCGAAUUUUUGAAUUUUGAAACUUUUAAUGCACCAAAAUAUUCGUAUUCAGGGAGGGAUUCAAAAGUGAAAUGCAAGUAUAUAUCUAACCCUUGUUUUACCGAGUGUGCAUUGAUUUUCUCAUUUUUCCCAAUUUCCUUUUCAAAAUUUUGAAAGGGGUGUAGUUGAACAUUGUUCAAAAUUAGUUAUGCCACACUUGUCCUUAUACCCGGAAUUGCACAUUGAAUUUUUUAAAUUAAAUUCGGUGACAUCGAUGCGAAAUGGAACGACACUUUUCAGUUGAUUCACCUCACUAGUUUUUAUAUUAUGCAGCACUCUCUGCGAUGCACUUCUUUACUUUGCAACAAUAAAUAUUGAAAAAUAAAUUACAGAAAUUUUUAUUUAAAGUUAAGUUCAGUGUAAAAGGGGACAAGUUUGAAUUGAAUUUUACCCGCCCCCAAGCGUUAAGUAAUCAUAUGGGCAUGUGAUUUUGACGGUUGGAAAUUCAACUUUCACAUUUGUAUAACUUUAACAAUGAGUGCAUGGGUAUGUGUACAUACAUAUUUAGAGAGAAAAAUAAAAAUUUUCUAUAACCUUGCCAUGCUUUCGUUCGUAUGGGACGAAUUUGGUUUAAGGCGAAUGUUACCUUUUUCCCAGUAACAAUGAAGAAGGAAUCUAUUUGUAUCAAAAAGGUUGCCCUAAAUACCGGUCGUAUUUUGUAUGUAGGACAGUACAUACUUGCUUUUCCCUGUAUGCACAUGUUACUCUUUACUUACACACGAAGACGACGACGGAAUAAAAUUUGUAAAGACCUACAUAAUCCCACAAAUAUUAAAUCAGUAAGGGUAGUUCAUUCCCACUUUGCUGUCGCUUUAUAUAUUUGUAAAAAUGGAUUCGGAACGAGACCGGGAAAACUUUAAACAGCCCAUGUUGCCAUUUUGUUGCCUGAGGUAAAUAAUAUGUACCUCUGUUUGUGCGCCCUCUUCUUGAUAUAUACUUCAAUACGAACUACAUAUAAAUUUAUAGCUAAAUUACAAACAUAUUUAUAUAUUUGACGUAUCUGAAAAAGUGAAUGAAAAUAUACACCUGCUAAAAAUGCAAAAACUAUGCAUUAUACCCAGAUUUUAGAACGCAUUGCAACCUUCCUUCCAAAAGCGGACCUUCUCGAGUGCACGUUCGUCAACACCACGUGGGAGCAGGAAGCCCGGAAAUGUCUCCCUGGUAUCUAUCGGAUCAUGCUGAUCCGGCCGAACGUCCGCUAUCAAAAACUCAUUGGUUACGACAAUUUUUCCACUUUAAGCACAGGUUUUGGAGAUUUCAUUGCUAAAAAUGGACCCUACGUGAGAACCCUGGAUGUGAUUUUGUACCUCCAAAAUCCCGCGUGGAACAAAUAUUUGUCAAAAUUAUUUCCCAACCUGCAUUCUCUCAAACUAAAUGUAUCGUUUACUAAAAAUAUUUCGUUUCGUGAAAUAUUGCUUCCCGAAAAAUAUUGCUUCUCGAGAGUAAGGAAACUCGAAAUCCGGUCGAUCCACGGGCAGACGGAAUCGCCAGAAUUUGAAGACACAUUUGUCUCAAUUUUCCCAAAAUUAGUGGCACUAUUUCCCAAUGUCGUCUUUCUUUCGAGCCGGCGCUGUGAUCAAUUCGUGGUUGAAAACUUUCUCAAGUUAUCCCCGCCAAGGAUAAAAGCUUUAAAAUUCGUCAACCUAGAAUUAACGCGCGUAAUGCGGGAAAAUGUUUCAAACCUCACCCGUCUAGAAUUAGGUCACUAUUUGUGUAACUGGCAGACUUACUCGGAAUUCUUGAAACUUACAUCGGCAACUGUACGACACGUUAAAUUAUUCAACGUAGCCAGUUGUGAUCCUGCCUACGUCCCAACUUUUUCAUCUCGUCAAGCCAUUGUUUUUCCAAUUAUGUCAAAAUUAAGAGUUUUCGAACUUUCGUUAAGUCAUUGCACCAUUGGGAGGAAAUUUAAACCUUUCCUGGUGACACCGGAUAUAUAUUUAAUCUUUGAAAAUGGUGAUACAAAUGGGAGGUUGGAUUAUCCCGUUCAGUUCCCAAUCCUGGAAAAGAUUAAGAUUUCCAGAGAAGAAAUGUUCUAUCAUUUUAGUAAAGAAGUGACCGAGAAGAGAUUAACGGGGUGGGAAUAUUUUGAGACGAGCGUGUCAUUUUUGUACAGGUAUUUCCUCCAUGACAGCAGUUCGAAAGGCAUCAGGGUGAAAUAUUUGGAUAUCCCGUUUCCUCCGGGGGACAGUUUUCGAUUGACACCUGCUGCGAAAUGUAACUGCGAGAAGGCACGUGUUUUGUGUGAAUGUGUUGAGGUGAAGAGUUACUCCGAAUUUUGGGACCGAGUGGUGGAAGUUUUCCCAAAUUUGGAGAUAUACAAGGUCACUGAGGGAGCGAGGGAGAGGGCCAAGGUGCGGAGAGUGACCACCGCGAAGGUGGAGAAGAUGAAGGACAAUGAUGAAUGAUGGAGAUGGAAGAUGAUGAUAGGAUUAUGGAAGUAAAAUCGUGCCGUUGUUAAUGUUUGUGGUUUACUGGAUGUGUUGGGUUUGCUCAGCUUUCUUCUCUUGUUUUUCGAAAGACACAAACUAAAUGUAAACGAGCAGCGCUCCUUUACUAAAUUAGUGCAUAUUCUUUAACCUAUGUAAAAUUGUUACAGCAGGGGGUUGUGUAAAUAUAAAUAAAUACAUAGAAUUUUUGUUAACUUAAUGCAAUGUCAGUAUCGAAUAUGUAGGUUAAUUAGGCAUGUAUUCAUUAUAAAUAAUACCUAAUUUGUAGAGUAGUAACAAAGUGAAAGUGAGUUUACCUUCUCCUCCAUGCGGUACGGCCUUUAUUUUAUGUAGUUGAUUUGGUGAACUAAUAUUCUUUGUUUUGAUGAUUUUUUUAUGAUUACGAUUUAAUGUAUUGUCACGCAUGGCCUGAUUAACAGGAUUAAACAAUGUAAAUAAAAAAAAUCAAUUUACCGGUUUAAA